AUGCAAGAGGUCCGGGCACAGGUGGGUGAAGCAUUUAGAGACAAGGUUCGAACAUGGGAUGAGAACGAGACUGUCAAGUUCAAAACAUCAUCAACUACUUUCCUCCCCCGACGCUCCACAGAUGAGUUCAUCGGCCAACAGUUAACGCGUGGGGGUGUACUGACACAUUUCGAAGUGUUGGAAAACAUUGAUGAUCAGGUGUGGAGUGCACGAGAGAGCCCGUCAGAGCACGUCAGAGCCCGUCAGAGCACGUCAGAGCCCGUCAGAGCUCUUCAGAGCCCGUCAGAGCCCGUCAGAGCCUGUCAGAGCCCAUCAGAGCCCUUCAGAGCCCAUCAGAGCCCGUCAGAGUCCUUCAAAGCCCGUCAGAGCCCUUCAGAGCCCGCCAGAGCCCAUCAGAGUCCUUCAAAGCCCGCCAGAGCCCGUCAGAGUACUUCGAAGCCUGUCAGAGCCCUUCAAAACCCGUCAGAGCCCGUCAGAACCCUUCAGAGCCCUUCAGAGCCCGUCAGAGCCCUUCAGAGCCUGUCAGAGUCCUUCAAAGCCUGUCAGAGUCCUUCAAAACCCGUCAGAGCCCAUCAGAGCCCGUCAGAGCCCGUCAGAGCCCAUCAGAGCCCGUCAGAGCCCAUCAGAGCCCAUCAGAGCCCGUCAGAGCCCAUCAGAGCCCGUCAGAGCCCGUCAGAGCCCGCCAGAGUCCUUCAAAGCCCGUCAGAGCCCUUCAGAGCCCGUCAGAGCUAA